GGGACAAAGGCGAUAGAGGAGAUGUCGGGCAACGAGGAAACGAAGGCAUUCAAGGCCCUAAAGGUGAACCUGGAAUCGACGGAGAACGCGGCUUGCAAGGACCUCCGGGUCCACCAGGUCCUCCUGGGGGAUCAGAUUUUUCAAAUAAUGAUCCAAGUUGGAAACCAAGACCGAUUUACAAGGACAUUGGAUUUGAGUCAAACGUCGGGAGGCCCGGUCCCCCGGGUCCUAAAGGCGAUCCGGGUGUUGACGGCGCUCCGGGCUUAAAAGGUGCAAAAGGAGUUCAAGGAAAUAAAGGCGUUCGCGGGGAGCUUGGAAGCAAAGGAGUCAAAGGCGACAAGGGUAAUGUUGGACCUACUGGACCACAAGGUUUUAAAGGUAAAUAA